AAUAUAAAAUCAAUGAUCACCAAUAAUAACGAAUCGUGUAACAGUAUUAUACAUKUUCGAUGAUAUAACCGAUCCGCCUUCAAUCGAAAUAAUUUCGGCGGACYGGCUACAGUGUGCCUAUCAGCGUCGGUGACCAUAUUCAAAACGAUACUCGUUUAUAUCAUCGUAAUUAUAUCAUCAUUUUUAUUGUAUAACGUUUAUAUAUCUCUUUUGCGCCGAUGAUCUAUAAAUCUACCGAGUUAUAUAAUAUCGAUCGUUAUCGAUCGCCUUUAUCGUCGCCACCGUGAUAUAUAAUAUAUCGUCGUAGUAUCCUGCGAAUCCUGUCUCUAUAUCGGCGAAGACGAAGUGAAGACGGGCGCGGAUACGUCGAACGACCGAAGAAAAAAUACAGACAGACAGAUUAACGGAGACUUGAACGCACGCGAGUCGUCAUCAUGAAGAACUUCUUCGGCAUGAUGGGAUUGUCGUACGCGUCUACCAAAGGGGACGCCCGGCGACCCAGCUACAGCGACAGCCGGCGGGCCAGCUACAGUGCCGUGCCAGCGGACAACAGGAGGCGUUCGUCGGCAGCCCGGCGCCAGAGUUAUGGAGCUAACAGACGAAAGAGCUUGGACCCGGCUUCGGUUCUGGGCCGGCACCUGUUCGACGGUCGCCUCACCGAUCCUCGGACAAGAUUUACGUGUUUGAUAUCGUUGAUGCUAAUUGGUUUUUCCGCACUCUUUUUGGGUACACUAAUCGCCGUGUUCGAUCCAUUUCAAUUAAUACUCAAAUGGAAACUCGUAAUGGUUAAAGGUGACGAGACGUUCGAGAUGUGGAAAACACCAGAAGCAGCCGUUUAUCUAAAGGUAUACAUAUUCAACGUAACAAAUCGUGAAGAUUUCUUGUCUGGUCGAGACGAAAAACUGCGGUUUCAAGAAGUCGGACCAUAUGUUUAUAGGGAAAAUUCGGCACACAAAAACGUAACGUUUAAUAGUAACGAUACGCUGACGAUGACGCCUGUAUUUCCAUUGACAUGGGUGCCGGAACUGAAUACUGGAAAAGAAGACGACGUAUUGGUAUUACCCAACAUUGCCCUCCUGAGUUUUGCCAGCGUUAUGUCAGAAGCCUCUUUGAUCACCAGAAUGGGUGUCAAUCUACUUAUUCGCCAAACGAAAUCCAAACCAUUUGUCAGACAAACGGCUAAAGAGUUCAUGUUUGGUUACGAAAGUCCAUUAGUGACUAUAGGCAAUAAGUUUUUGCCAUCCUGGAUCGCAUUUGACAAGCUGGGCCUUAUAGACAGAAUGUACGACUUCACUGGCGACAGCGCAACGAUAUACACAGGAUCAAGCGAUGUGUCCAARUCCGGGACCAUAGAGAACUACAACAGGAGACCAUAUCUGCCGCAAUGGCCAGCUGCCCCUUGCAACAAGGUGACGGGUGCUUCGGAUGGUACUAAGUUUCCAUCAGUGUCAGAAAAUGGCACACAAAUGAUGUUCUUCAGGAAGUCUCUUUGCAGAGCAAUUCCKAUGGUGAAAACGGGUAAACUGUUUUUGCACGAUGGCUUGCCAGUGAACAAGUAUAUYUUCGAAAAUGGAUCAUUGGACAACGGUGCUGAGAACCCGGCUAAUAAAUGUUUUUGUCGUAAAAACAAAUGUUUGAAACCGGGACUGAUCGAUGUCACUGACUGUUAUUAUGGUUUUCCUAUCGCAUUAUCUUACCCUCACUUUUACCAGUCCGACCAAUCUAUAUUGGAUGCCAUUGAAGGAAUGACUCCUGAUCAAAAACAGCAUGAAACCUAUUUUCUCAUCAACCCGGAAACGGGUAUGCCCACACAACUGUACGUCAGAAUGCAAAUUAACAUUGCUCUAGGUGACAUAUCGGACAUGGCAAACACGGAACAUUGUAGCAACUUGGUUAUACCAUUAGUUUGGACAGAGAUUGGAUUCGAAAAGCURCCGGAUCACAUGCUGAACAAGUUCUUCGUGUAUCUUCGGGUCGGGCCGGUAGUGCUCGUGGCGCUCAAGUACGCGUUGCUGGUCGGCGGCGUGGCGUUCAUUGCGCUCACCGUACUCGCGUCCCUGUUCAUACCCAUCGACGACGAGCUGAGGUACCGUAACUCGUCGGCGUGGCGGCGCGAGAGCCAGACGCUGACCGCGAGGGACUCGACGCCAACGAUACGCAUGCCGAUACCCGCGGCCGCUGUGGCCGGCAAGGAGAUGAACACGUACUACAACUCGAUGUUGGACGGGGACGGCGCGGCCGCGGCCCGGCUCAACGACGACCUGUGCAGUCGUCUGGACGUGGUUCACGAGGUAAGGUCGCUCAGAAGCAGUUGCACCGGAUCGGAGUUCGAAGACGAAGACGACGACGACGACCGAAUCAUCUGACCGACCGGACGCGAAGAAUAAUAAUAUUGUUAUUUAUAAUACAAACCGAUGACGCAACAGCAUUUUGUCUCAUCGAUAUUGUGUAGUAAUAUUAUUAUUAUUAUCAAACAGUUAUUAUCAUUGUCGAGCUGUACGAUGUAUGUAUAUGUAUGUAUGUAUAUAUAUAUAUACAUAUUAUUAUGUAUUUCUGUAUAUAGUAUAUAUUUUAAUCUCAAUGCCAUUCGAAGAGAAAAAUCAAAAAAAAUUGAUUUAACUUUUGAUCCAUCACGUUACGAUGAUUGCCAUUCCUCGUUUUUAGACCGUAAUAAUAUUAUAUAUUAUUAUUAUAUUAUACCUACGUACAUGUUUUUUCAUUAAUGCAUAAUACAAUAUAAUAAUAUGGUAAUAUACUAUAAGUAAUAUAUUAUUAUAUAAUAUUAUAUCGAUGCAAAAAUGUGAUAACCUAGACUUAAGUUAUUAAAAUGUGAUUUUAUAUUUUAUUUUAUUUUAAAUUAUACACUGUUUACUCACUUUUCGGUGUCGGUCCCUAUGCGAUCGGUAUA